UAUGGCUGGCAGCCACUGAACCCCAGGCGGGAAGUCCGUUUGGGGAUGGAAGAAGAUGGAGGAUGUUGUGGUACCCCAUUACAGCAAUAGCAUCUCUGGUAACAGCCAUGGACACGGUAGAAGGUGGCAGGAAUGAUAGUGUGGUCUGUUAUAAGUAGCUACAGUACACCUGGGAUGACAGCAGAAAGAUGUUUCACCACUUCUUAGUUCAUGCAGCUUUUCAGACCAGCAGGUGGCUUCCAAGAGACCAAAGGCUGAAAUUUCAGAUCGUUCUUUUCAUCUUCGUGGUGCUUUUCCUCGCUCCACAGUUGUACGUCUUGUGCAGGCCAAAGUCUUCUCGCUAUUGUGAAAAGCCGCUGUUAAACAACUUAAUAGUCUUCAUUGUGUUCUCCUUUAUAGCAACAGGUUUGGCUGUAGUCCUCACACUCACAGAUCCCGUUCCCAAGAUUUUUAGGGUGGCGUAUCACUUAUUUGGAUUGUUCUCAUUUACCUGCGGUCUCUUUACGGCCGCACUUACCCUGACUGCACCUCAGUGUGCAAACACCACCCCAGAGUUGUAUAUAUUUUCAUUGGUAGUCUCUUGGGCUUGCAUACUCUCAACAGUUUUCUUUAUGGUCAGAGGAAGUCUUUUCCUGAUCCAUUCCCUCUGGGGUGAAAUAUGAGUCCUAUUCUCUGUGUGGCCUUCUGCUGACACUGAAUACAGGCUGCCCGACAGUUGUUUGGCGAGGAACUGGGCGCUAUUAAAGUCAUGCCCAAAUGGCUUCUCCAGUACCACCCUUAGCCACACGUCAGCCACGGGACGACAGGUGCUGUUAAUCUUUUCUGCAAUGUCCGCGUACGUGAACGCUGGGACGGACAAGUAGAAGAGCCUGCCUGCUUCCACCAUUCCCUCCUGCUCCAUCUGCUGUUUGAUGUGCUGGUUGAGCUUCUCGUAGUCUUCAAGGGUCUUCAGCUGGCGAUACUGAGAGAGAUGGAGAAACUGCUCUUUGACCAACGCACAGCGCUCUGCGGAGAGCUCCGGAGGGCAAGCCAGCUCCUUCAAGAUCCCAAACAGCAUGGCCGUGCCCUUCUCAUCGGGCGAAAGGGCACCGGCGUAAAAUGAGAAGGUGUGUCCUUUGCCCACCUGGUCUGCGUAAAGCUGGAAGAAGCCUUGCCACAGGUACUUCCUUGCCAGAUCCCCCGUUCCACCCACGAUGACCACAGACACAUGACCUUGCUUAGACUCGCUUAUAUCUGUGUGACCUCUUUGCCAGUAUAUGAUGGCCAAUAGCAGCAGUUCCCAUCUCAUUCUCAGCAUUGUAAUGCCAAGCACCUUCCCUUGAGAAAAAAAUAAGAUGAAUGAGUUAUAAAUGAGCCAUCAAUUAAUUUUAUGAAUAUAUUUGAAUGUUUCAAAACAUGGAUUCGAGUACUGCACUUCAAAAAGUAAAAAAAGUCCAAACCACUAAAACUACAUUGAUUAGUAGCUUGAUUAUUGAGUUAAUUGGUUGUUUAUGACUGCUUAUAGAUUUCACCAAAGGCUACACAUGCAGGAACUCUGUAAAAUGUUAACCUUAUGCAAAUAUUUGUCUGAUGAUUACAAUCUUCACAAAAGCACAUGAUGCUGCUGUCAACAGACUAAGAUGAGACUUAAAUAUACACAUCAUAAAAAGAAUUGAACAUCUGGAUGAAAAUGAUAAAAAGGAGCAAAAAUUUAGAUCACUGAUUUAUUUGCAUCUACUACAUUGUAUGCUUUAAAUGACUUUUUUAUAACUUUUAAAUAUUUUGUUCAACUUGGUGUUGGCAGUUUAACAUUUUGCAGUAUUGGGACAUCAGCGAGCGAUUUCUCAGAACAAACACAAACCGUUAUGUUGAGUUAAAAUGAGUCAUGUUCGCAAGUCAUGGUGCUUCUAAAUGUUUAACGGUUUUUUAACAUCCUUGUCUGAAAAGUUAGGUCCUGAAUAAGUGUAGUCCAUUGAACAUAUGUUCAUCAUGUAAUGUCAGUUUUAUUAUGGGACAUUUAAGAGAUAGUUAACUAUAGUGUGGAUGAAAUGCCCAAGACGACAUACGCUACUGGCAUCCCUGAACCAUACCGUUUACUCUCAAAAUCAAGGUUAUGCCAACAGACCCAAAACAAACACCACAUUUACGGUAAAAUGGACAGUGGUUACGCAACCCUGCUUCAAAGAGAAAUUAGAGAAAUCUUAAAAACCAUAAUAUAAUCCUUUGAUCUCAUAAGAUAAAGAUAUUGGUAGUAAUGUUUGUUGAAGAAUGCAGAUGAAUCGAGUUUAAAUGCCUAUUUCAGCUAUUGCUCACCAGUAAA